AUGAAAUAUUUAGAUAGCUCGUUAUAAAAUAUAUCUCUCUAUUACAGUGAGAUAAAAAAGCUCUUUUCUGAUUAGCCAGCUGUCAUCGAAAAUCUGAAUAAAUUAUUUUAUCAUGAUGCCCGCAUCAAAUCAAAUGAUGCGAUCUAAUAAUUAGAGUCCAUUUUUAGGCAAGACAAGAAUAGAAUCAAUCUACUAGAGUAAACUAAAAAUCUGAUUCUCAAGGGAAACCUCGACCAACAGUAAUAAUUAGAUUUAAUAUCAAUCUAAUUUAAAGAUGAUCCAGAAGCACUUAAAGAAAUUCAAAAUGCAUUCAAAUUGAAGAAGUAGAAGCAGAAAAUAUAAGUGGAUUGGGAUGACAUCAAAACCAAAAGAGUAAAGCCCAAUCCUCCUACCAUGGAAGAAAUAUAAUCAUAUUAAGCUUAUUAUACUUAAUAUUUUUACAAUAACGCUUAUUAACUACAAGUAAGCAGAGAGAUUAAAAAUGAAAUUAUUGUGUUGGAUAAACUAAGAUUAAAGUGUUUUAGCCAUUUUACAUAAGAAUCUGAUUUUAAUCAAUUCUUUUAUGAAUUUGUAAAUGUCAUUCAUUUAUAUACAGAAUGCAUAAUCACUCAAUACGAGCUUAUGGAUAUUUUGUCAUCACACACAUGGAUUGAUUAAGAGAUUAUAGAUGAACUCAGAAUUGCUAUUUUCACUAGAGCACCUGCACGUCGGCAAUAAACUUAAUUAUUUAAACCACUUAAAGAUACAGACUUUAAGAAUGCUGAACAUAUCACUGGUUCAUAUGUGAGAAUGCAUCCUGGUUAUGCAAACAUAAUGAAGGAAGACCCAAAAUUACCAAAUGUUUUAAAUCAUCUAUGGGUUUCUGUACCAUUUGGUAGUGAAGAUUACUCAUUUUCAAUCAUGAGAAAAAACAGUUUUGAGGAGUAACUGUUCAAAAUAGAAGAUGAAAUGUUCGAAUAUGAUGUCAAUAUUAAUUGCUACAGAAGAACUAUUAAAUUACUUGAUUAAUUGAUUGCAGGAAACAACCAAUAAGCUAUUGAACAGCAAAUAAGGAAAAUACUCCAAAUUAAGUGUUUACAAUCAGUCUACAAAACCAAUAGUAAAGAUUAAGAGGAAGUUAUAACAUUAUGGUAGAAGAAUCCAGUGGGGUGCUCUCCUAUCCUAAGAGAUAGAUUGAAUCAAAAAUGUUAGGAAUUGAUUAAAUCUAGAGAUAUUGCAAAUCAAACAUGGAAAAUCACUUAAAAAAACAAUUUCUCAAGAUCUUUAGAUCAUCGAUCCUUUUAUUUCAAGAAAAAUGAAAAGUAGUAUACUUGCGCUUCAAGAUUUCUAAAAGAACCUGACGAAAAAUUCACAUUAAUAUAAGCAAAUACUGCAAUUUAAGCAGAAUAUUUGAACUCUUUGGUAUAAUUAACUACAAUUAAACCACUCAGUCAUGGAAAAUAGGUUAAUAUCAAUGAAAUUGACUAAACCACUGUGUUUAGUUUAUAUAUUUCCAAUAAAACUCUUUUGGAAGAAACAUUUGAGAUCUUUAAGUAUUAUGUAGAAUAAUCAAAUUUAAAUGAAUCAGAGUGGAUUCUUGAUUUAUUUUAGAAACUAUGUUAAGGAUACUUUAAUCUUGAGCUGGUUGAUCAGAAUUAUAAUUUUUCACUUUUGAGAGGAGACUUAUCAACUAUUGAAUAGUACGUUACUAAUUCAUCAUUCUCCUAUAUAGAUUAGUUUAACAUUGAAUAAGAAUAAACUAAAAAAUCUCAUUUGAAUAACAAUAAUUCAAAUAGUAACAAUAGAAAGGACUCAGAUGAUUUUGAAGAAUCUGAUUAUGAACUAUAGAGAAUCAAAACUCUUAAAUCACCUCUUAUUGAUGAAGAAGAUGUGUUUCCAAGAAACUCAUUAUAAUUACUUUCAAACACUAAAAGUAACUUUAAACCCCAAGGAAAAAUCAUUUAUGGAACAUCCGGAAUAUAUUUAUUUUUUCGAUAUUUCUAUUCGUUGUAUCAAAGAAUUGAAUUGGCACAUUAAAUUAGUUAGAAUUUUGAAUAAAAUGAGAAAUUUGAAAAAUUGAAUGAAAAAGAAAAAAAGAAAAUAAUUGAAAUUAGAUACAAGUUAUUUAAGCAUGCUCUCCUUUACUCAAUUAAAAAUAAGGAUUUCAAAUAUCAAGACUACUUAAGUUUACUUUUUGGAAAACAAGUGAAUGCUUUUCUAUUCUAUACUAUUGAUAAAAUGCUGUCAGAUUGUUGUAAACACUUAGCCAGCUUAUUAAAUGAUAAAUUGACAGAUUCUUUCUUUGAUUUCUUGUUCAAGUCAAACAAUGACAAAUACGAGUUAGAUCCAACUAAAACUGAGGAAGUUUAAUUAAGUAACCUAUCUUUUGCGUUGCUAGAUUUAUAAUGGGAACAAGCACAACGAUUUUGCUUAUAAGAUGAUAGUUUACAUAUAAAUUAUUUGCCUAAUUGGUCGAGUAUUUAAGAUAAAUAAUAAUUAAAUCGAAUCUCAUAAUUUGUUAAAUCUUACACAACAACCUAUUCAAAUAGAAUCAAAGGUGUAUUUUUGCAAAGAAAUUUAAGAGACGCCAGGGCAAGUACUUAAAAUCAAAUGGAAUGGACAGUCUUUGAUUAGAUGAAAAUAAAAAAUAAUUUGUCUGAUAUUUUAAUUAAAUGA